AUGCCCGCGCUGACCGUCGCGUUCUUCUUCCUGUUCACGGCGCUGACGGUCUUCGCGACGUUCCUCUACUUCACGGAGCGCCUGGGCAAGGGCGAGAGCGGCGCCUUCCGGUCCAUCCCCCACACGAUGUGGUUCAUGGCCGUGACGAUGACGACGGUGGGCUACGGCGACGUCACGCCGCUGACGGACGGAGGGCGCAUCGUCACGGUCAUGGCCAUGCUCUUCGGCGUGCUCUUCAUCUCCAUGCCGUUGGCCAUCGUC